CCUCUGUUUAGCAUGGCGGUGUUCACGGUCGCAGAAUUAGCAACACGUGUAUAACAAUCAGCUGAUUACAAAUUUGUAUAGAAUAUUUAUUCUAUAGAAACACAGACCAUGUCGGCGAAUAAGAAGAAAAAUAUUAUUGCUAUGGAAGAAGAUUCAGCUGAUAAUUCAGACAGCUCAAGCGAAGAUGAUGGGACACAUCCUGAUGCCUACACCGGCAAUGAGGAAGUUGAAGUCGAUUUUGAAGGGCGUGCACCUACUGAUCCCGAUCGCCAUGGCAUAUCGCAGCUGCUACAAAGGAUUUUUCUUAAGGCGCCAAUCGACACCAUGCAAAUGGCAGAAAUGAUAAUUGGUCAAAAUUAUGUAGGCAGCGUAAUAUGUCAGUGCGAACAGGAUGGUGCAGAGAGUGACGUGGACGAUGAUAUGGUUGAAGACGGCACAAUAUUUGGUAUUACAACGGUCGUCAACAUGACUGCGAAAAAGGAUGUAGCAUGCGUUGAACAACUCCGUGGAUACAUAGUGCAGCGCGCAGAAAAGCAUGCAACAGAUGCAGUUUUAACGCAUUUCCGCGAUGUACUUGACAAUGAGGGACGACCGGUUGGUUUCCUAAUCAAUGAGCGUUUUAUAAACAUACCUGCCCAAAUUUCGGUUCCACUACUGGAAAAUUUACAUAAGGAAGUGUUGGCAGCCAAACAGAAAGGAAUGAAAUUUAAUUUUAGCUAUUAUUUGAUGAUUGUGAAAUUGUAUCGGAAAGAGGCACGAAAGGGGAAACCUACCGAGGAUACAUUUACCAAUGCUGAAGAGGAGGUGAUAUGUUCCAAAGCAGUUAACUCCUUUGAGUUUUCUGUGGUCGACGAAUGCGAUGUGGGUAUGAGUGGAGAUUGGCUGGAAGGUGAUGCGACGCUAACACCCUAUAGAAAAAUUAUUUUGUUUGAUGCUAAACAGCUACCAGAAUUGAUUGACGAUGUACGAAACUUUAUUAACGGAGUAUAAUUUAAAAUUGCAUUCAUUUUUUAUAUCUGGUAAUCAGGCAGGUUCGGUAAUUCAAUUUCGAGUGAAUUUCAAUUUAUUCGCUUUGAAUACAAUCAAUCAUCGGGAGUGAAUUGCAGAAUCUGCAUGAAUAUAUGUACAUAUACGUUUUUGCUAUUUUAAAUGUAGGGAUGUUAUUUUACAUAUUAACGUUUUGUGAAAAUGCUAUGUAUGUAUGUAUUUCAACUUAAAGUCUUGGCGUGGUAUAAAAUAUUUUGCAAACUA